AUGGUCACGGCCGCCAACCAGGCGGAAUACGUGCAGCGUAUGCUCCAGUACCUCUUGUUCGAUCGCAUCCAACUGCAGCUCCAGAGUUUGCUCACGGGGCUGUUUGAGAUCCUGCCGCAGCAUUAUUUGAUCAUGUUUGACCAUAAAGAGCUCGAGCUGGUGCUGUGUGGCGUGACCGAGAUCGACGUGGUCGACUGGAAGCAGUUUACUGCCACUUCCACGACGCUUGGCCCGGGCGGCGCACAUGCGAUGCAAAUGGACUGGUUCUGGGAGGUUGUGGCCGAGUUGACGUUUCGAGAUCGAGCCAAGUUGCUGCAGUUUGCUACUGGCUCCACGCGCGUGCCAGUUCAAGGGUUCAAGGGGCUGACCAGCUACGACGGGCUCCUGUGUCCGUUUUCGGUCAAGGCGAUUCCGUAUCGACCAGGCAUCCUUCCGAGGGCCCACGCGUGCUUCAACCGCAUCGACUUGCCGCUCUACCCGACCAAGGACUUGAUGGAACAAGGCCUUCUGGCCCUGGUGCAUUUAGAAAUGUCCGACUUCACCAUGGUCUAA